UGAAGAAAAAAAAAUAACAGACGGCGUCUCGUGAGAUAGUUGUUUUGCCGCACGCUUGCAAGCAAACAUUGUUAAGUGUUUGCUGUACAUCUCAUAUCGUCUCUCAUUACCGAAAGCACGAGAGCCAGCGAAAUCGUCGUAAAGAAAAGUGAAGACGAACAACAUGCAUAAAUGACGUCGUGUUGAGGUGCAGCUACCACAGAAAAGAAAAGAUGCAUCUCCUCACUGCCAUGGUCUAUCUUCUGGCGCCAACGCUCUGCUGGAUAUUUCCGCGGAAUCUUUCUCUUGCAGCACCAAAAGCGAAAGACAAGAACUACACUGUUUGUGAAACGGAGGUCUGCAGGAAGAGAGCGAAACUGCUGCAAGAAAGCAUCAACAGAAGCGUCGAUCCUUGCGAUGACUUCUUCAGCUACGUUUGCGACGGCUGGAAUAAACGUCACCCAAUUCCAAAAGACGAAUCAUCCUACGGGAUGUACGAGCAAACCGAUGAAAGCGUGAUGCACGAGCUGAAAGGAAUAAUUGAGAGGAUACGGAUAUUCACGGAACCUCGCAAUUUGACAGAGAUGGCUGCUACAUUGUACAAGGCGUGUAUGUCUCACUAUUUCUCGGAUUGGGAGCUACUCAAGAUCGUCAAAGACAUCCUUAGUCGUAGUGGAUUUCCACUAUGGCCUGUCAUAAAACCUUCAGACGUUCCUUAUAAAAACUAUUCUGAGUUGCUCGUGGAAACAACUUUGAGGCCAUUGUUCUACGUUGAUGUCGCUGAAGACAUUAACGACACAACCCGCUUCAUCAUCGAGCUUGAUCAGAUGCCUUUCGACAUAUUGAAGAGAAAUGAGCUGAUCGAUCAAAAUGAUACAGACAACAACAACAACACACGCGUUAGGAACGCAUACAUUAACCUCAUUACCACGGCUGUGGGAGUUCUAAACAGAACUGUGACUAGAGAUGACGCUGUUGCUGUUGCUGAAAGGAUCUUCCUCUUCGAGGCCCAGCUGGCUAAGAUGACAGCACCUCCUGAUGAAAGAAGGGACACUAUGGCCAUUUACGAGAAGACCACUAUUCAGGUGUUGGCCAAAGAAGUUCCGAACAUUCCAGUCCUACAAGGCCUGAAGAAGCUAUUUUCACUGGUGAACAUAACGAUAAACGAAACGGAAGAAGUCGCCAUGUUUGGAAUGCCGUACUUCAAGAAAACCAACGACUUCUUCGGGUGUUUAUAUGACCUGUCGGACAUGUACAACAUGGCCGCGUGGAGGCACAUGUUCGAGCUGCUUUUGAUGGCGUCGAGGAAAUUCUCUGAAGCUUGGCAAGCACUGCUAAAAAUCGUGGACGGUGUACCGAAGGAAAAACCACGUUGGCAGUAUUGCCUCAACAAUGUAUUAGACACGAUGCCUUUCGUUGCUGGACGAAUGUACGUCGAAAAGAUAUUUGACAUGAAAAGCAAGACUGACGUUGAAGCCAUGAUCAAAAAUGUAACCUCGACCUUUAGGGAGUCCCUCAUAUCAAGGCCAUGGAUGAAUGACAGCACAAGAGAUACAGCGCUGAAGAAGCUGGAAAGAAUGGCUAUGAAAAUUGGAUAUCCUCCAUGGAUUUUUAACGAUACACACAUGAAGGAGCGCUUCCGUUACGUUAAGGAUUUCAGCCAGAGGGACUCCUUCUUAAAGAUAAUAACGUUGUUUGAUGAAAAUGCUUCAGUAAGAAGACUACUUCAACUUCGGAUGGUUCCAGAUAGAGCAAACAGCUGGACAUCACCUGUUGUCGUCAACGCUUUCUAUCGCUUCGAGACGAAUGAUAUGGUUUUUCCAGCCGCAAUACUUCGAGACUCUUUUUACCAGCGCGGGCUACCAGCGUCUGUCAACUAUGGCGCAAUCGGCACCAUCAUAGGCCACGAAAUGAUUCACGGCUUCGACGAGGAGGGGAAGGAUUACGACGAGGACGGUCGUUUGAGAAACUGGUGGAGCAACAAGACGCUACAAAGGUUCAGGAGAAAAGCAGAAUGUUUUGUUCGUCAAUACAGCUCCGUGUUCAGCGAACUGGCGAACAGAACGCUCAACGGCGUCAACACCCUUAGCGAAAACAUUGCCGACAACGGAGGACUCAGAAUGGCUUUCAGGACACUUGGCGACAAGUUGAAAGCGUUUGUGGAGCCAGACAUUCGUCUCCCUGGGCUGGAAGAAUACUCGCCCAAGCAGCUGUUCUUCAUCUCUGCCGCUUUCGUAUGGUGCGGCAGUAUACGCCCUGAAGCACUGCGUCUGCAAAUCGAAUACGACCCUCACAGCCCUCACAAACAAAGGAUAAAUGUCUCUCUCAGGAACAUGAAAUCGUUCACUUCGAUAUUUAAGUGCAACGAAACGUCAAAGAUGUGGUUCAAGAAAAAAAGCAACGAGACUUGCGUACUCUGGUGACAUUACUGCAAUAAAUCUGUCACGAUUUUAUCACACAUUGCACCUAUAAACGUUGCACUGCGUUUCAGGUAUAUUUCUUAUUAAAACAACAGUAGG